AUGGCAUCCAAGGGACCGGAGUGUUCAAUCUGUUUUGAAGGUUACAAUGACGAAAACAAAUGUCCUCGGAUGCUGAGUUGUGGACACAGCUUCUGCUCGUGUUGCUUGGAAAGGUUACUCCAUGGUAACACUAUUGAUUGUCCCAAAUGCAGAAAUACAUUUGUCGUUCCUUCUGGGGUCCAUGGUCUGCCAACGAAUUUUGCAUUACUGGAAAUCGUGAACGAAACGGUACCCAAACAACAUGCUGAAAAUACAAGUCAUACAGGCUCGCACGAAUGUGAAGCUUGUGACUGCACAAAAAACAUGUGCAAAACCGCAGCUCAGUUUCAUACUCGCAACGGGGCAAGUCGUGACCACCGGGUUGUUACCUUCAAGGAACCGAAAGCAAACCCUCGGCUGGCUUCUGUAACUGUUCUCUGUCCAGAACAUAACGAUCAAUUCUGCUUUUUCGACGAAGAUUGUGGCCGUGUUAUUUGUAGAGACUGUUAUACCCUUGAUCAUAGUGGGCACAAGUGUGUAGUAGUAGCUGAAGCCGCUUCAAAAUACCGACAGGAGAUGGAGGCGCUUGUCACCAAAGCCAGCUGUCAAGUUGAAAAGAUUAAAGUUGCUGAUACUCAAGUGGUGGAAGAAGCUCUUUUAAUGGGUAAAGGUUGUGAAGAACAGCGUGAAAAAAUUCAAGGCUUUUUUAAAGAGGUAUGGCAUAUCUUUGUUUUGGGGGUGAAUGAUCUUGACGCAACAAGAAGUAUUCCUUACCACUUACGAGUUAUGAUCCGAAUUUUCUAUUGCUGAUUAACAGUUUGUGCUAACAAUUAGAUAAAGAAAGAUAAUAAUCUCAACGUGGAAUGCAGAAACCAGUGAUUUGUUAAUAUUUAUCCUGAACUAAGGCCAGUGAACUAGCUAUUUAAGGGUAGGCCGCUCCCGGAUCAUGAUUAUUGAACGUAGUCACUGAACUUACCUCGUAGCUAGCCUCCCACACGGACGUAAGCCCUAAGAACGUACGCGUUAAAGGCUUCCUAGCCUGCGUGCAGACUUCUCCUCUCUCCUUUGCACACAAAUUACGCACUUCGGGACCACAUAUCAACCGUUUUUUACCUGGAUUGUUUGUGUCGAAUAGAUUGGCAGAUAUUACAAAGCGUCUGUUUUCUUUUCUGUUUAUAGCUUCAUUCGGCACUAUCUAACCGAGAGCAAGUUUUGAUGGAUAAGUUGUCCAGUAGAUAUCAACACAAGGUGUCCAUCCUAUCGGAGCAGCAACACCGUUUGCGAUUAAACCAAAGAUUGUUAGAGGACGCACUCCAACGGGCAAAAUCCUCUAUCCAAUCUCCGAGCGAUGUUCAGUUCCUUCUCAGCAGGUCGGAUAUAGUCUCCACGCUCGAGUCCGAAAAAAGCUACUCAAUGGUGCUUGUGCCAGAGGCCCAGUUUUUGCCGGAGUUCACCAAGAACGAAGUAAAAAGAAUGGUGAGAAUUCAAAUUCUUAUUUUAGUUAUCCAUGAAUUAGCCUUGGACCAGAGGCUAACGGUUAUCUUCGGGCACCAUUCUUUUCUCCGAGAUAAAUAGUCUAGCAGAUACUUUUCACAUAGCAGUUGUCAUCUACCCUGGUCCAAGACGUUGUUCUCAGUGAAAAUUUUCUCCGCGCAAGAGAAAACGAGCUGCGAAAAGCGUCGAUCUGGGACCCGGGCAGUUGUCAUUUAUUUCUGUUCUUGCUAUGUUUUAGGCCGUACUUAAGAUAUUCUUUUUCGAAAAACGUGUGAAAUUUUCCGCCUUUCUCUCCAGCUCUACCAAAAGAGCCUGAACUGAGUUAACACAACCACAAACUUCACAACCUCUCCUUCACGAUUGAUGCCUUUUUUGAGAUAUCGGAAACGUCGUCCAAAUUUGGCAACGCUAACUAGUUCUGAAGAAUUUGCCGAGGAUUUGAGCCAAUCAGAAACGGAGAAAUGUUACUCUCCUUUUACACUAUAGUGGAUGCAACGCUCGUUGCUUGUGUCGCAGUCACUCCACACCGCUUGUAUAGACUAUACCAAUGGUUAAGACGAUGCGUGGGCCAGCUUUGCGCACAGUGAUUGGUCGUUGUUACCCAUGAUCUAUUAGAGUACAGACUCUCCAAAACGCUUUUCUCAGUUCACAAAUAUAUUUGUCUACGAACUCAUCUGAUAGCUGCUUUAAAAUCCUUAAUAAAACUGCAAAAGAGACAGAAUAUCAAGUGAUCAUGAUGAAUAUGCGUGCGAAAUAAAUCGUUUAUUAGUAAAUGAGCUUUUCAAAACUGAAUUUGUGAAGAAUGUAGUAUAGGUAAACUCACUGUAACGAUCUCUUUCAGCCUGUUCGCAGACGCCACCCCAACAAUAGUAAAGAGAUAGAGGAGGUUAUCCAGAGCGCAGGCGACAUAAGUGACAUAUCAACCUGUGCAGCAAACACUACUGCAGCUGGUCCGGGAAUAACAACUGCAAACCCUGGAAGGACGGCGAGAUUCACUAUUACUUCUCGCGACAGCGAAAACUUUGAACGCAAGCUCGGUGGCGACGUUUUUGAGGUGAAACUGGAACCAGAGGUGGGAGGAGAUGAAAUAAAGGUAGAAUUGAACGACCAAAAGAAUGGAACUUACUUGGCAGAAUAUAUUGUCGACAAGUUGUGUGGCAAAUUGACAUUGUCGGUAUUCUUGCGAGGUGCACACAUCAAAAACAGUCCUUUUUCUGUUCUAGUUGAACCUAGAAGGGAAGAUAGGCCAGCCCAUAGAUAUCGGCGAGGUGAAUAUUUUAGCGCGAGAAGGCGAGGUAGAUAUGAACGUAGAAAUCGAGACGAGACAACAGGGGACCAGGCGACAUCGUUAAUCGAAGUGCCGUUUGACUAAGCGCGAGGAAGCGACCACGAGAAGAGGAAAGAC